CCGGCCGCGAGCGCCGAGGUGCCGCCGCCGCCGCCGCCGCCGGGAUGUGACCUUCAGAGCCGCCCGCACGGGAUGACCGGAGCCACCGCCCCGCGGCGCCCGCGGCUCGCCUCGGCCUCCCGGGCGCUCUGAGCGCGCGCCCCCGGCCGGGUGCUCGUCCCCACGCCCGGCCCUCGGCCCUCGCUCGCCCCGGCCCGGCCCGGCCCGGCCCCGCCAUGCCGCCGCCGCCCGGGCCCGCCGCCGCCCUGGGCACCGCGCUGCUGCUGCUCCUGCUGGCUUCCGAGUCCGCGCACGCCGUAAUGCUGCGGGCGCGCGAGGCAGCGCAGUUCCUGCGGCCCCGGCAGCGCCGUGCCUACCAGGUCUUCGAGGAAGCCAAGCAGGGCCACUUGGAGAGGGAGUGCAUUGAGGAGCUGUGCAGCCAGGAGGAGGCCCGGGAGGUGUUCGAGAACGACCCGGAGACGGACUAUUUUUAUCCAAGAUACUUAGACUGCAUUACUAAGCAUGGAUCUCCGUACACAAAGAGCCCAGAUUUUGUUACAUGUGUUCAAAAUCUGCCUGACCAGUGUUCCCCGAACCCCUGCACCAAGGAGGGGACACAAGUCUGCCAAGACCUCAUGGGCAACUUCUAUUGCCAGUGCCGAGCCGGCUGGGGGGGGCGGCUCUGCGACAGAGAUGUCAACGAGUGUGGCCAGCAGAACGGGGGCUGCAACCACAUCUGUUUCAACAAGCCGGGCAGCUUCCACUGUGCCUGCUACAGCGGCUACGCACUCUCCCAUGAUGGCAGGACCUGCCAAGACGUGGAUGAGUGUGCAAAUGGAGCUGCCUGCGGGGAGGCGCGCUGCCAGAACCUGCCUGGCUCCUACUCCUGCCUCUGUGAUGAGGGCUACGCAUUCAGCUCCCAGGAGAAGGCCUGCCGAGAUGUGGACGAGUGUGCGGAGGGACGCUGUGAGCAGGCCUGCAUCAACUCCCCAGGGGGAUACAGCUGCCACUGUGAUGGACGUGGAGGCCUCAAGCUGUCCCCAGACAUGAACACCUGUGAGGAUAUUUUGCCCUGCGUGCCUUUCAAUGUGGCCAAAAGCAUGAAGUCCUUGUACCUGGGUCGCAUGUUCAGCGGGACACCAGUGAUCAGACUGCGCUUCAAAAGGCUACAGCCCACCAGGCUGGUCACCGAAUUCGACUUCAGGACCUAUGACCCUGAAGGCGUCCUCUUCUUUGCUGGAGGCCAUCAGGACAGUACCUGGAUCGUGCUGGGCCUGCGGGCUGGCCGGCUGGAACUGCAGCUCCGCUACCAUGGUGUCGGCCGUGUCACCAGCAGUGGGCCUGUCAUCAACCACGGCACAUGGCAGACGAUCUCCGUGGAAGAGCUGGAUCGGAAUCUGGUCAUCAAAGUGAACAAAGACGCUGUCAUGAAGAUCGCGGUGGCCGGGGAUCUGUUUCAGCUGGACAGAGGGUUGUACCACCUGAACCUUACCGUGGGAGGCAUUCCCUUCAAAGAGAAGGACUUGGUCCAGCCUAUAAACCCCCGCCUGGAUGGCUGUAUGAGGAGCUGGAACUGGCUGAAUGGUGAAGACACCACCAUCCAAGAGACUGUAAAAGCAAACCCCAAGAUGCAGUGCUUCUCUGUGACGGAGAAAGGGUCCUUCUACCCUGGGAGCGGGUUUGCCUUCUACAGCCUGGAUUACAUUCUACAUGCAUUCAGGGGACAAUUAUCGGGAGCUGACUGUAACAGACCCCACUCAGGGCUGGGGACCCACAGAUGGUUCGGGAUGCGUGCUUGCAGCUCAGUGGAACUCUCCAGGAACCUGCCUGCAGCAGAGCGCCGGAGCUCCAACAUCAGUGGCCCAAAUGGACUCCUCCGUCAGGAUGCUGACGGUCCCUGAGACGCGGCACUUCACUCCGUGGGGCGGAGUCUGUCCUCCGGCGCCGACAUCAGCAGAUUCAAGCGUAGGGAGGAAGUGUGCUGUGGUGUUGGCCCCCAGAGCACCACGAGCCAGCCCUUUCUACCGGAAUGUGUUUUCUGGAACCACCCAUGCAAGAUGUGCAGGAUGCUCUACGCGUCCUUCGCUCUGAUGCUCAUGCAUCCUAUCCCAUAUACGUCACAUGCGUUCUGUAUACAUAAGGUGCCUACAUGUGGAGCUGCUCCCCUGAGGCGGUACAGUGGCAGCAGCGCUGCCCCCCGUGGCAGGAAGCCAUGUGUCUGUGAGGAUGGCGCUCAGUGCAGCUCGCAGAGACUCCAAGGUUCUCUAAGCAAUCUGACCUGUUGGUCGGCCUGACGGGCACAGGUGGGGCUGGCGGCUUGAGGGCCCACAGCUCAAGCGUGUUCUGCGGGAGAGGAAGCGGAGGGCCCAUGGAGGGGCGCCGUGGCUCCUGGGGUGCGAGGUGGAGCAGGCACUGGCAGCCAGCAAGGACCCCGGAGCCCGAGUCAGGAGCGCAUGUCCCACAGCGGCUGGCUCCCCGGGGACGGGGUCCUGGCGCCCAGGCCUGGUUCUCCUGUGGCCCUGUGUUCAGGUGGGACCCCUGCGGCCAGGCGGGGCGGGGGGCUGCCCCCCUCACUCACCACAGCCUGCCCCGCCUGGA